AUGACUUACAGUAGUAGAAGGAAAGAAGUACAUAAUGGAACAAAUGAUAUAAUCAGUGGCCUGCGAAUAAACGUAGUAGACUCUAUCCUAGGGUCCAUGCCAAUGCGAGCUGCAGCAAGAACUAGCAUAUUGUCCAGAAAGUGGAGGAAUGGUAUAAAGGAACUCACAAUUGAUAUUGAAGAUGGUAUUACAUAUCAACUUCCUUCUUAUAUUUCCUAUUGUGAAGAACUGAGACGUUUGACGCUCUGUAACUGUGUCUUCAAGCCGCAACAUCUUUCUGGAGGCUUUCGUAAUCUCUUUAGUCUCUAUCUGAAGAAAAUCUCAUUUACAGAGAAUUUGCUUGAAACUCUUGUUUUUAUUGCCCUGUUGCUCGAGUGUUUGAUGUUUGCAAAAUGCAAUGGUAUUCACCAUUUUAAGGUCGAUGUUCCGAAACUCAAAGCUCUGCAUGUCUCAGGCAGCUAUGGAGUUGAAUUGAUAUGUUUUAGAAACAUAUCAAACCUUGAAGAUGUGAGAAUUAUAAUGGGCAAAGAAGUUAAAAGUAUGGGGCAGGAUAAAAGCAUCAGUUUGAUUAACUUUUUGGUUGAUCUGUCUAGAGUUCUGAAUGUUAAAUUUGACGGCAUUGCCCUUAAGGAUGUUGCAACCACUGACGAUGCACUCCAACCAGCUUUGAACUAUCUGGAAGCAUCAGACUCCACGGACCUGACCCUGAAUGAACUUCAGUAUUAA